AUGGUUGCGAAUCUCUCUCAGGCACAACAACCGCCCACCUAUACAGGUGAUUUCUUGUGGGUUAAUCACGACCAGAAGAACAGGAAGGCUUUGCCACAUAGGGGAAGGGUGUUUGGUCACGUCCAGCGGAGCUACCGCAAAUGGAAGAGGAAACAUGAUAACCAACAGUUGCAGGCGUCCAUUCAGUUGCCCAGUACAAUCUCUCUUGCCCGAAAGCCUGAUGGCGCCGCUGGGGAUCAAGCACAAGUUGAAUCGGGCACAAGUGGUCCCAUUGACCGCGUUGAUGCACCUCCCCCGUCAGACCUUCCUAGCCCCCUUACACUUAUCCGUCACGACAACUCUGACCCUUUCUCUUGUUUCUCCUUCUCCAUCACUCCGCGUGUGAACGAGGUUAUAUCUUUCAUCCGAGACAUUCAGCUGCCGACGCUCUACUACUCCCCCUACUUCCGCGAGGCAGCCCGCUUUCCUUCGACACGCUCGGAUGUCACCAAAUCACCCAUGGGAUGGAUAUCCACCCCGGCGGCCGUCCAGUCCUGGACGCAUAUUGUCCAGGGACUGCACGACCAAUGCACUGCGCUCGCUUGUUUAAGCACCUACCUGGCCAUGAUGGUUGCUUGUGGUAUCAAAGAGAGUAGCUACAUGAAAUACAGCCUGGAACUGAGAACCACCAGCUCUAAAAUGCUUAGACAGAGUAUACUUCGGAGUGGCCCCAGUCGCAGGAACCGAGUCGCCCAGAUCACACUUCUUCAACAAGUCUUCUGGCACUUCUACGCUGAGGCUUCGGCAGGCAAUCUUGAAGCUGCACUUAUACAUGGACGGAUGCUGAAGAAAUUGAUGGACGACAACGCGGAGGCUGUGACCCCGCACUUCUUCAUGCUCGCAAUGUUUGUCGACAUCCAUUUAAGCUCGGCGCAUCGCAGGAAACCGAUCUUUGAGUAUGGGACGUUUGGCCCAAACGUAUAUCAGGGGAUGUGGAGUGGAGUCGAUCCGUAUGUCCACCUGCUCGUGGGAAAAGAGACCAUCCCAGACGCCACAGAUGACGCAGCUGCAAGCACGCAUUUGGACAUGUCGGUGUCGAUGGAGCCCCUUCAAAGCCUCCUCAUCCGCCGACGACAGGCCAUCGCGUUGGAGAAGUUGAUUGCUCAAGCCGAGGGUCCCGACAUCAACACCACGGCCAUCUUCUUCUGGGUUGCAUCGCACGCGUAUAUCGACGAGGGAUUCUUCACGAAUUACUAUUUUGACAAGGUCAAGGAGGCUUCGAUCACCAUGAGCGGCACCCUCUCCGAGUCCAACACCGCAUGUGUUGGGAACAUCUUAGGUUCCGUGUCAGAGUCUGGCUGCGGCCGGCUCACAGAGGCUGCAGUAGCAAUGGCGGCACUCUACCUCAUGCGAGUGCUUGGUCUGUUUGACAUGUGGAUCAAUGGAAAGAAUUUUUACGACCCUACUGCAUCGCGCGAGACGCUUCUUUUCGAGGCCAUUGCCGCCGCGCUUCGAGUGGGCAGCCCUCAGGAGCUCCUAAUUUACGCCAACGCCCAUUUAUGGUGUCUAUUUGUCGGCGCGAUAUCGGAGUGGCAGAGCGUUUUCACAGGCAAUGUUGGCAGGAGAAGAGGAAGUCAAAACUCAAGGGCGCCGCCUUCAGAGGAGGUAGGGUUGACCUUGCAAAGAAUUGAUAGCGGUUUCGCCGACAGCCAGCCUCACAAAGUCAGAAGUGGAUCUUCCAUCGAAGCGGGAGACGAGGAUGCGUCCCGCAUGUUGUUCAACAGCCUUUUCGCGAGACAGGCGAGGAUGAUGGGCCUGCUAAGUUGGGAACAGGUGGUUCCCAUCCAUUCUGAAGAUGUUCGCAUAUGGGGACACAUUACAACCACAUGGCAGUCGGUGGUUCUGGAGAAGUAUGGGGGCACAUUUGGACGAUUUGAAAGCAUAGAGGACGGCCAUGAAGCCCAUAUUCAUAGCCGAGCCCGAAGAAUGGGGCGACUUUGA